AAGCCGCUGUGCAAAGGACCGAAAUCGACUGAGGAAGAGCCAGAGCGCAGGAAGGUCUCAUUCAGCGGCAGCGGGGACGACUAGAGAGAAUGUGAAUUUAUCAUUCAGGUAUAUAACUGAAGAAUAGUAGACUGUUACAGUGAUGGAUAUGAGAGACGCUGCGGGAAGGUGGGAUGCUCUGGGCAGUCGAGACUCGAGCUCCAGACACGCAGCGAUGGAGCUCCUUCACCAGGAGGUGAUGAAGAGAAUAGAGACCAUGGGGCCGAUACCGCAGUCCUCCUCUCCCCCAGCCAUGGAUGACAGUCUGUCCAGUGAUCUCAAUGCUCUCCUGGCUCAUGUCCUGAUGCUCUCCAAACGGUGUCCUUAUGAAGACAUCAGGAAGAAAUGCAUCUGUUUGCUCCAGAAGGUUCAGGACGUUGGAGUGCGAAUCCCCAGACCGGUGGGAAAUGGACCAAGUAGAUUCAUUCCAGAGAAAGAGAUACUUCAAGUCAGUAAAUUGGAUGAAAGAAUACAGUCGAUUUUUGAGGACGCCUUUGCAGUGCUCGGUCGCCUUGACAACAUCUCCUUAGUGAUGGGGUUCCAUCCUCAGUAUCUGGAGAACUUCCUUAAGACACAGCAUUACCUGCUUCUGAUGGACGGUCCAUUGUCUCUGCACUGCAGACAUUACAUAGGGAUAAUGGCCGCUGCCAGGCACCAGUGCACGUAUCUGGUCAACCUGCACGUGAAUGACUUCCUGCAGGUCGGAGGUGAUCCUAAGUGGUUGAACGGUCUGGAAGAAGCCCCACAGAAGCUGCAGGCUCUUGGGGAGCUCAAUAAGAUCCUGGCCCAUCGCCCCUGGCUGCUCACCAAAGAACACAUUGAGCGUCUACUGAAGGCAGAGGAGCACAGCUGGUCGCUGGCCGAGCUGAUCCAUGUUGUAGUGCUACUUACGCUCUAUCACUCUCUGGCCUCCUUUACAUUUGGUUGCGGCAUCAACCCUGACAUCCACACAGACGGAGGACAUACAUUCAGGCCGCCCUCGCUCAGCGGUUACUGCGUUUGUGACAUUGCUAAUGGCAACGGUGUCCUGGAGGAGAUGUUUGGGAACCAACAGGUGUCUGAGUUGUCUGGUGAGGUGGAAGUGUUGAUGGAGAAGAUGAAGCAGCUCCAGGAAUCUCAUGACGAAGAGGAAGCCAGUCAGGAGGAAAUGGCCACUCGUUUUGAGAGGGAGAAGACCGAGAGCAUGCUGGUGGUCACCUCAGAGGACGAGGAGUGUGUACCAUCGAGAGAUGUUUCACGACACUUCGAAGACCCUAGUUAUGGCUACAAGGACUUUUACAGAAGAGGAGAACAGGUGCCCACCCUCAGAGUGCAGGACUAUAAUUGGGAAGAUCACGGAUUUUCCCUUGUGAAUCGGCUGUAUCCGGAUUUUGGACAGCUUCUGGAUGAAAAGUUCCAGAUCGCUUACAAUCUGACGUACAACACAAUGGCGACACACCACGGUGUGGACACGUCAAUGCUUCGUCGAGCCAUCUGGAACUACACCCACUGCAUGUUCGGGAUUCGGUACGAUGAUUAUGAUUAUGGAGAAAUUAACCAGCUGCUAGACCGCGGUUUUAAAGUCUACAUCAAAACUAUGGUGCGCACUCCAGAGAAGAUCACCAAGAGGAUGUACGACAGCUUCUGGAGGCAGUUCAAGCAUUCUGAGAAAGUCCACGUUAAUUUGCUUCUUAUGGAAGCGCGCAUGCAGGCGGAACUGCUCUACGCUCUGAGAGCGAUCACUCGCUACAUGACAUGAAGUGCUGUUCUUGUCUACCUUUUUAUUGUUUUUUACUGUUGUUGACGUUGGACACUUAAACGUAAAAAAUGACAAAAAAAUUGAAAAAUAAAACUGAGGAAGAAGAAGAAGAAGAACAGGCGGCGGCAGAGGGCGAUGACAAGGUUGUUUUGUUAAAAGAAGGAAAAAAAAAAAACAACAACGGUCAACUGAACCUACUUGCUGAAUCACUUGUGUGGCUGCUCAGCCUGCAGUGCCAAAACUGGCCACUGGGGGAGUGGGGCCGUCUGAGCAAAAUCCCUCUAGUGUUUAAGAGGACAAGCUGAGACUGCGAGCUUCUGGAGGCCAGACCUCCUUUAGUAUUUCAAAUGCAUCUGCGAUAAGAUGCCAUAUAAUCAUAUCUUCUUUUUGUGAGAUGAGAUUUAAAAAAAAAACAACAAAAAAAAACACACACACACAAAUAGCAACUCCAGUGCAGAAAGACUGCACUAACACGACUAUCUACUAGUGUUUUAUUUUUUUUAUAUUGUUUUCAUUUUUUGUUCAGCAGUGGCUAGAGAUAGAAGCAUUACUGAUUUUGCAUAAACGCGUGCCUAGUCAUGCGCAGCACUGGCAACAGAUGCUGAGGUGCCGUCUGUUCAUGCUGCUUUUCUCAAUUGAGAGGCCUCAAGACACCCAAACCAUCACCCAUUUGUAUAAGCUAAUCCAGGAACGAUUGUGUUGGUGUGAGUGUGAGAGCGCAAUUCAAAAAGUAAUAGCUGUCUGAGCCCUUGUUAGAGUUUACUGUAAAACACCACUUUGUUUCAUUAUGACAUUUCCAAUUUGUGAAUGCUAUUUGGGGAAUAGAGGGGGAAAAAAAACCAAACAUAGGCUCUUUUUGGGGUUUCACACAUUAAAAAUAUCAAAGCACUUUUUUUAAACAAUGUUAAGCUUCAGCUUUUAUGUAGCCAUUUUGUUUCGAUGACCGGUUUCAAUAUUUUUUUAUUUGUGUUAUUGACUUUCAAAGCAGUAAGGUCUUCCUUUUGUGACGUGCUUCCUGUUGCUCUGAUCCAUCCGCCUUAUCUGUCUUCCUUUGAAUGCACGGUCAUCUUAACUCCUUGUUUUUAUUUUGGGGUUUAUUAUUACUUAAUACCUCCUGUUAUAUAUCCUUAAAUAUCUAAGUGCUGUCUAGUGAGCAGAACUUUGUCUUACGUGGCUGCCUGUCGUACGCUACAAUCUGUACAAAGCUAGACGCUGAACCAAGCGACCCGAACACUUGUGGGGUAAACCAUACUUGUUCUCAUUAUCAAAACUUUAACCAGUGUAACUAAACAGUUUAGUUUUGUUUUGUGUGUGUGUGUGUGUGUGUGCGCGCUCAUUUUCUUUUCAAGCAGAGUGGAUUCUCUGCUGUCUCUUUUUGUUUACUAAACCAGUUAAGUACUGCAUUCUGAUGAUGGCAGGACUAGAGGGAUGGUACUUUUUUUUGGAGAUGGAUAUGAGGAGGUUUUAAGUCAGACUUGAGAGACUGAUGUCAGUUACUGACAAUUUUAUAAGGAAUUAUUUGUAAAAAAAAUAAUAAUAAAAUAAAAAAUGGUAUUUCA